AUGGCGCGCAUGCUGCGGGUCCCGCGGGGGCUGCCGCUCGGGCCGCACGGGUUUUUGCAGGCCUGGGCGGGCCUGCCGGUCGGCGCUGAGCUGGCGGUGUCCGCCGCGUGGCCGGGCGUCGACGGGCUGCUGCUGGCGCUGAGCGCGCUCGCGCGCCAGCCGCUGCGGCUGGCGUGGCAGCGCGCGCUGCCGGGCGUGUGCGGCGUGCAGGCCGCCUACCUGUCUGCGCCCGCGGCGGCGCCGGACGAGGCGGUCGCGCUGGUCUUGACGCUGCAGCUGAUGCCGCCGGUGCCGGCGCCCGAGAUGCCCAAGCUACCGGAGUUCAUGCGCAAGUGGGUGCUGCUGCUGCUGCGGCUGCUGCUGCCGCUGCUGCUGCUGCUGCUGCUGUUUUCGGUGCGCGAGAAGCACCGGGAGGCGCUGGCGGCGCGCGCGGCGGCGGUGCUGCGGCUGUCGGCGCUGGCCGAGUGGAAGCGGCUCAGCGGGGCGCAGUAG